GUGAGACAAUGCAGAAGAAAAUCUCUCGAAUAAGUGAUAACUUGCUGACAUUGGAGACUUGCGCGACAUUUUGCCAGCGGUUUACAUCGUCUAAUAAGAAUUUAAAUCGAGAAUAAGAAUACGAGCGGUAAUGGGAAAAGUCCAUAUGCUUUGUUCUGUUGGACAGUAUUAAAAGAUAACGCACCCUAACAAUACCUGUAUCUAGACGUCGUUAUUAAUGCAAGAACAUUGUCGGCGGGGAGACGCCUCAACAGUUCUGAACAGAAGACAUGCUAUAUUUUAUUAUUGUCGAAUGAAGAUUUACUGUUAUUCUAGACACGACGAUAAAAAUAUGGAUUUAUUGCCGGUGAACUUUUACGUUCUUCGUUUCUGCGGUGUAUGGAAAGAACAUAAAGAUGGCAACUUGAUAGUACGCUUCGUCAGCUUCUGUUACAGGUAUACAAUCGCUGCUAUAAUAUAUCACUUUACGAUAUCCGAGAUAGUCGAGCUUGUACGUAUGAGAAACGACGUGGAGGAUUUAACGGAAGGUCUGUUCCUCAUGUUGACUUACGUGAGUUUGUGCCUAAAGUAUUUCAACAUUUUGGCGCGACAGUGCGAAUUACGCGCCUUGCUUGAUUGUUUUCGCGCUGAGCUGUGUCAGCCAAAAGAUUCAACGGAGGAAUCAAUACUGAGACAAUACGAUUUCAAAGCUAAGAGGAUCGCCUGUGCCUUCAUGCUCAUCUCGCAAAUGACGGGUUUAAUGGUCCUCAUAGUACCUCUGAUGGGUCAGGACCCAAGGCAGCUGCCGUUGAAGAUGUACGUACCGUACUCCAUGGCGGAGUUCCUUCCCUACUUGUUGACCUACCUCGAGCAAGUUGCAGCCAUAUUUUACGGGGUGUUACUGAACGUCGCCCUUGACUCCCUCGUUUACGGUCUCAUUAUUCAAACCUGCGGGCAGAUCGAGCUCUUGUGCUAUCGAUUGUCGGAGACGUUCCGAUUUCUUCAGGAGACCAACCAAGAGAAGAAACACGACGCUGUCGAGAAGUUUGCCAUCGCGCAAUGCGUGAGGCACCACGUUUCGGUGCACAACAUCGCGUACAGGAUACAAUCGCUGUUUAUGUGGAUUAUCGCCAUUUUGUUCUUCUUCAGUCUUAUCACUCUCUGCAGCAGUAUUUAUCAGAUGUCCAAUAAGGAGCUCUUCGGCGUUGAAUUCUUCGCUUUCGUGCUGUACUUAGGUUCAAUGUUGUUUCAAGUGUUCUCAUACUGCUGGUACGGGAACGAGCUCGACUUAAAGAUUAAAAGUAUCGCGCGUGCUAUUUAUGCCAGUAAUUGGACGGUAAUAUCGGUCAAGCAACGCCAGAGCUUGUCGUUUGUAAUGAUGAUCAGUCAGAGAGGAAGAAUGAUUUCAUUCUAUGGAGUGUGCACGUUGAUUCUUAGCACUUUCACGUGGAUCUUAAAGACAUCCUACUCUGCUUUUAACUUGCUGCAUAUAGAAAGUCUCAUUAUAUCUUUCUCACAAGCUCCAUACUUUCAAAGCAUAGCGAGGCAUGACAAGAGGGAGACCAUCCACCGGCGCGGUCGUCACGGAAUUAUGGAUAUAUUGCCAUUGAAUUUCCGGGUUCUUUGGUUCUGCGGUGCAUGGAGCGAGGCAAAAGAUAACAAUUUUUUCAUUCGUUUCAUAAGUUUGUGCUACAGGUAUGCUAUUGUUACGUUAAUAUACGAGUUUACGAUAUCGGAAGUAAUCGAGCUUAUAAGGACGCACGACGAUAUAGAAGAUAUAACUGAAGGGCUCUUUUUAGCGUUAACUUAUAUAGCUUUAUGCUUUAAAUACGGAAACUUCUUAGCGCGACAAGACGAAGUGUCAAUGUUGCUGGAUUGUUUUCGAAGUAAAACGUGUCAGCCACGGAAUACCGAGGAAAAGAUGAUACUCCUUAAGUACGAUCGCAAAGCCAAGUGGUGCGUCAGAAUUUUCAUGAGUAUAUCCCAGGCCACUUGCGUGGCUCUUAUACUCGCGCCCAUCGUGGGACCCCAGAAGAGCGACAGGCCUCUACCGUUCAAAACGUACCUGCCGUACUCGAUAUCCGGCCUAUAUCCGUAUCUAGCGACCUACCUUCAGCACGUAGGCGCAAUAUUUUACGGCGUGCUGCUGAACGUCUCGUUCGACUCCCUCGUCUACGGCUUCACCCUCCGCGUCUGCGGGCAGAUCGAGCUGUUGUGCUACCGUCUGUCGAAGAUCUUCAAGGAUCAUUCCGGGCAAUAUCGAAACGAUUCGGGCAAGGGCACGAUGAUCGACGAGUGCGUGAGACAUCACUUAUACGUACACGAGAUCGUGCGCAGGAUACAGUCGUUAUUUGUGUGGACCGUGGCGAUUUUAUUCGUUUUCAGCAUGGUCACCCUGUGCACCAGUAUUUUCCAAAUGUCCAAGACGAGUAUUCUCAGCGUCGGAUUUCUCUCGUUGACUCUGUACCUCGGCAGCAUGCUGUUUCAAGUGUUCUUCUACUGCUGGUACGGAAACGAGCUGCAACUGAAGAGUAAGGGCAUCGGUGACGCCAUUUAUUCGAGCGACUGGACACUUGCUACGACGAAAGACCGGAGAAGUCUACUAUUUGUGAUGGCUAUCAGUCAAAAGGGAUUGAAACUGUCUUCUUACGGAAUUUUCAGCUUGGCUCUCGACACUUUCACUUGGAUUUUGAAAACAUCCUAUUCUGCCUUUAACGUUUUACAACAGACAUCUAUGUGACUACACUUGAAUUAUUGAACUAUAUAGAAGGAAUGAAUUGUAUAAAAUUAGUAUUUUUUUAUCCAUUUUUAGAUACACAUAAAACUCUUUAAAGUAGAAUCGUCUCUAAAUUAUUGGUAAUUGUUUAUCAACCAGUGACAAUCUUCUACAUGACAAAGAACAGUAUUAAAUAUUAAAAUAUCUAGACGGUUUUUAUUAUCUGUACUAUUAUUAUAAAGAGAGAAAGAGUUUGUAGCCUGGUUUCUUUGUUCGCUAUCUUCUUAGAAACCAUUUUCUCGAUUUAAUUCAAAUUUUAACUGAUAUUUCUAUAGCCUCUUGGGAUUGAUACAGG